GCUGGCAGAGCUUCUGUCCAGGGAGCAGAUCUUCAACAGAAUGGAACGGAAUGAAACCUGCAAAAACUGGCUGGCAGCGGAGGCUUCCCUGGAAAAGUACUACCUUUCCAUCUUUUAUGGGAUUGAGUUUAUUUUGGGAAUCCUUGGAAAUACAAUCGUUGUUUUUGGCUACCUCUUCUGUAUGAAGAACUGGAAUAGCAGUAACAUCUAUCUCUUUAAUCUCUCCAUCUCUGACUUCGCGUUUUUGUGCACCCUUCCCAUGCUGAUGAGAAACUAUGCCAAUAGUGACUGGAUAUACGGAGAUGUGCUCUGCAUAAGCAACCGAUACGUGCUCCACGCGAACCUCUACACCAGCAUUCUUUUCCUCACUUUCAUCAGCAUCGAUAGAUACUUGCUCAUAAAGUAUCCUUUCCGAGAACACCUUCUGCAAAAAAAGGAGCUUGCUAUUUUAAUCUCUUUGGCCAUUUGGGUUUUAGUAACCUUAGAGUUAUUGCCUAUACUCCCUCUUAUAAAUCCUAUCGUAACUGAAAAUAACACCCACUGUAAUGAUUAUGCAAGUUCUGGGGAACCUGAAUACAACCUCGUUUACAGCAUAUGUCUGACCUUAUUGGGGUUCCUCAUUCCUCUGCUCGUGAUGUGCUUCUUUUAUUACAAGAUUGUUCUCUUUCUAAAGCACUGGAGCAGGCAGCUCACUACCGCUUUGCCCCUUGAAAAGCCUCUCAACUUAGUUAUCAUGGCAGUGGUCAUCUUCUCUGUGCUUUUCACGCCCUACCACAUCAUGAGGAAUGUGCGGAUUGCUUCACGCCUGGGGAACUGGAAGCAGCACCAAUGUACUCAGGUCGUUAUCAACACCUUAUACAUUGUGACUCGGCCUUUGGCAUUUCUGAACAGUGUCAUCAACCCUGUCUUCUAUUUCCUCAUGGGAGAUCAUUUCAGGGAGAUGUUGCUGAACAAAUUUAGGCAAUACUUAAAAUUUCUUACAUCCUUUAGAAAAUGAGCUUAUGAACUUGAGUUUUCAUUUAGAAAAAAA